GAAUCAAUCGAUACAGUCCUACUAAUCUUCCCGUGAAGUAGAUUGGAAACAUCCCCCAACCAUGAAGGUCGUCAUCUUGUUCGCUCUGGUAGCGAUGGCCGUCGCCCAGGACGGCUAUCCCACCAAGUACGAUAACAUCGACGUGGAUGAAAUCCUCAACUCGGAUCGUCUCUUCAAGAACUACUUCAACUGCCUGAUGGAAGCCGGACCGUGCACCCCGGAAGGCAACGAGCUGAAGAAGUAUCUGCCGGAUGCCAUCGCAACGGGAUGUUCCAAGUGUAACGAGAAACAACGUGAGAUUACGGCCAAAGUGGCCAAGUUCCUGAUCGAACAGCGUCCGGAUGAGUGGAAGGCUCUGCGAGGAAAGUACGAUCCGGACAACACCUUCGCCGAGAAGUACAAGGAUGAGGCGGCCAAGUUCGGAAUCAAGUUGUAAUCUGGAUAGUUAUGGCGACCACUGCAAAUUCUGUUUAACGGACAAUACGCUUUACUAUUAGUUAUUGAAUAAAACUUCACGACAGCAUAUUUUAACAAAA